AAUAAAGAGAAAAAAGCAGCAGCAAAACUCGGCUUAGCUUAAAGCCUCAUCACAUAUACAUUCUCUCUCUCUCACCCCCAAACUCAUCAAUCUUUGUGGCGGCUUUUCCAUUUUCCUAUCAGAUUGGAUCGUUGUCCCAUUUUCCGUCUCUUGGAAAAUUUGGAUCUGAGACCGCGUGCGAUCUGUGUGUUUUUUCUUUCUUGAAGAACUCCGCCAUGGUUGGGGCCGUACAACAGGAGCAGCAGCAACAGCAAGAAGCACAGCGACAGCAGCAACAGAAACAGAAACAAGCUUCCUCAGCGCCAACGACAUCUUCCCAGGAGGAGGCCUUGAAGAGAAACACCGAUUGCGUUUACUUUCUAGCUUCACCUUUGACGUGCAAAAAGGGAAGUGAAUGUGAGUAUCGUCAUAGUGAAUUUGCCAGGCUUAACCCCAGGGAUUGUUGGUACUGGUUGAAUGGUAAUUGCUUGAAUCCGAAAUGUUCGUUCCGGCAUCCACCUCUGGAUGCUUCAUUAGGAGCACAAGCAGCAACUUCUGUUGGAUCAUCUCUGCCUACAGCACAGACUGCAGCCAUUCCUGCUACAAAUGCUCUUUAUGGUUCCAGUAAACAAGCUGUCCCUUGCAUUUUCUACCAAAAAGGGCACUGCUUAAAAGGUGAUAGAUGUGCCUUCUCCCAUGGACCGAGUCCCACCACCAGCAAUAAAGUCCCACAGGCACUAGCUACCAAUGUUACUGAGCCUUUAACUUCUAAGAAGACUUUCGGAGGCCUUGAAAAGUUUAAUCAGGAGCAGAAAAUUCCACAAUUGAAUGUUUUGAAGCCAGCUCAGAUACCUCCCCAUACUAAAUCUGCUCCAAAGGCUGAAACAGAUUUACCUAGAAGCAUAGUUGGUAUUGAGAGAAAUAUACCACCACCUAUGAGAUUGGAGGAUGAUGCUUUUAGAUACAGGGCAACAAAUGCUUUUCCUCUAAUUAGUGGGAACACUGCCAGCCGGUCCAACCGUUCAGAGCAGACUCAUGUACCUGAAGAUCAUAGUUUACAGAAUGGUAAAGAUGCUGAUGACUUUCUAAGAGAGUCCUCGCCUGGCUUUGAUGUUCUUGUAGAUGAUGAGCUUGGUGAUUCUGAUUACUACCAUGGUGAAGAUCAAUUUGAGGAACCGAGGGAUCAUGAAGGAAUGAAUGUAAACUCUGUGAAUGAAUAUGAUUUGGGUAAUCCUGCUGACUAUAAUUCAAUGGGUGAUGUUGAUCGACCAAGGUUCCAUGUUCCACGAGGUCAUGGCUCGUAUAAUCAUAAGCCAGGGCAGCAUGCCUGGGAGCAGCACAGGGCAUCAUCUGAGAGAAUGGUUGUGAAACCAGCUCAUAUGGAAAGGCGGAGAGGUCACCGUGAAUCUGGUAGUCCUGACCAGAUUUAUGAGUCGGAUCUACGGUAUCAUUUAGCCAAACAGAGGAGGGUUAAUGGAUUAAGAUCUGUCGUCAGUCGGGAUCAUGCUCAUGAUAACAAUGUUGAGGGGCAGAAUUACGGGUCUUCUUCACGAAGGGAUGCACUUCAUUUGCCUUCAAAUGAGAGUUCCCUCAGUAAUCGCUUGCGGGGUAGAAUAACGCUUCCAGGCAGAUCUUUUCCUGUGAAUGGUGGUGAUUUGCAUGGAGAAAAGGAAUUGGACAAGGGAAAGAGUUGGGGUAGGUUGUCACCUGGAAGGCCACAGAUCUUUCAUGGAAGGCUCCGAGACAGAAUAAAAGGAAGGGUGCAAGAGGAUUUCAACGAGGGGAGAAAUCUCAGGAGUCCACAUAUAAGGAGAGAAAUAACCGAUGACAAUGCUGAUUUUGUUCGUCCUAAAAGUCUUGCGGAGCUUAAAGUUGUGAAGAUUGCCGAGAGUAAGGAAGAACAAUCCCUUGGAAAGCGAAAGAACAUAGACUAUCAUCAACAGUCCGAAGGUCAUCUUUCAUUUGAAGGGCCAAAGCCUCUUAACGAGAUUCUCAAGAGAAAAAGGGAUGCUGAAGUGGCAUCUUCUGGAGCUGGGAAAUUAUCAAUCAACAGAGGGGACUAUAAUCAGAGAGAAAUGAAACAAGCAUUAGCAGGCUCUGCGAGUACAGCUGUCAUAGAUACACAAAGUGUCAACGAAGAUGAUGUCGGCCAUUUGCUUGGCAACAAGGAAGAGUCCAAGAACACUACAGUUGCCAUUAGAACGCCAACCAAAAAAACUGAUGAAGCUUAUGGGUCCUCUCAAGCACCACCGAAUGUGGAUGUGUCCGAGGCUGAAGAUGGGAUGAUUUUUGAUGAAACUGUGGAGGAACUUGAAGGUGAUGAUGAUCAGAGGGACGGAGACUAUGACUAUGAGCAAGCUGAUGAUGGAGAGUAUAAUAUUGAGGAAGGUGAGAACGCAAACCCCGAGGAGUACGUAGACGAUGAAGAUGGAGACGGAGAUGACUUUGCUAAGAAGAUUGGUGUCAUGUUCUCAUGAUUACGGGGGAGGCGACUGACUGCUCCUUCCUAUAGACGUCUUGUGUGGACCGUCAACGCUCAUAUGGGUAGUUGGUUUCAAUUUGAGCAGGAUAGCUGGUGUGGAUUUAUUUGCAGAAUUAGGACAUCGAGUUUUCUCUUGUACCAAUCAAAACUUUUUCGUUGUAUUUAGAUCUCAUUAAUGGGGAUAUUUCUUUCUUCUCUA